ACGCUUGACCUACAUACUUGGUUUUUAUUUGCUAUUUUCUUGAGUUGAGCAGUUAAGUUUUUGCAAGUACUUAAACAAAUGCGAAAGAAGAAGAAGAAAAAGAUUUGGAUCUGUGUCCAUUGGUAGUUUUAUUCUAUUAUUAAAACUGUGCGCCGGCUAAAUCAAAGUGCCUAUACAUUGAUUUUGGCGCCAACUAAAAUCAAUGGACGAACCGACGUCAAGCAAAGUGACAAAAACGCCGGCAAAAUUAACGACGCCGCGCAAAUGUCUCGGCAGCCCUCCGAAGAGCAGCCCACAACCGACUGGGACCGAAACGCCAGCCGAGGAUAUCGGGGCGGAGAGCUUCGCAGAAUGCGUGCCCACAGUGUCGCCUACAUUAAACGAUUGCCGGCGCAGCUCUCGCAAGAAAGUGAUUAAGUUUGAUGUUCGGAAAUUGCUCAAUAAAAACCGAAAGGCAAACAAAUCGCCAACUGAUGCACCUGUGCCAGCAACGUCAACAAGGUGUUCACUUGACGUACGUGAUGUCGCUGCGGCAACAACAACGCCAGCAGCAGCUGCAGAUCUGCAAGUGCCUACAUCAUCGCCAUCGGUAUCUUCAGCUGAGCCGUUUGCGAAGACAAAGCCUAGAGAGUGCCAGACACUUGAGCAAGGAUGCAAUGAGGAGUCGGACUUAGCUGAGAAGCAAAGUGAGCGAGAUUUACUGUUUCGGAAACAGCGCAAAAGUGGACGGAACCACAGCGCACAGGCAGCGCUGACAGCACAAGUUGCAGACGGAGGCACUGUAGAAAAUAGUCGCAGCAUCACUUGUUCUGACUCGGCUACCAAUUCAACCACUGCCUAUGGUGGAAUUAAUGCCUACACCGACUAUCUACUGAAAACCAAAUUUAGACACAAGUUGCGUGUCAACGUUAAGCGUGAAACUAUGCCGACGCUACCAAAUCAUACAUUAAAUGAACCAAAGCCGCCACUGGACAUAACAGGAAUAAAUAUGAAGACUGAUACAAUAGUUAAGCUCCAAACUGACAAGCAAUCACAAGAGGCUCAGCAGACGCCAGCUACUAACGUGAAGGUGAUGCUUCGCAAAUACAAGAAAAAUCAACGGCAUCAGGAGGAAUCGGAAACCGAUGCACCUAAGAAAAUUUCACCUGUCGGAGCUGACAAACAACUGCCACAACUGAAACCACAGAGUACAAGUAGCUUAAGAGAAGAAAAUGCAGAGAAGGAGCAAGUGGAGGACUGUGCUGGGCCGGUGCCUUCGGCCAGGCGGCGUAGCAAUCGCUCCAGUUUGCGGGGCUCCACAAACGGCUGCAAAAUGACGUUGGAAGAAACAUUUGCUGAAAUCGCAGCCGUCAGCUCCAAAAUAGUGCUGGAGAGUAGAUCAUACGAACAGGAGUCGCAACCAGCUGCAACCACUGAUCUCAAUAAGCAUAAUAUCAGCAAUAGCUCUAAAUUAGGGCUGUUGCCGCAAUUGGAUGACGAAUCGGAAUCCAUUUGCAAAUUAGAAUCACAGCAAGAAAUGCCUAACGCUGACAUCCAAUCAGACAUCCGAUCGGAAUUUGGUUUUGCCUCGAAGUCAAAUCAAGCUAGCACUGAUUUGUCAAUCGUAGUUAGCACUGUAGAGUCAGAGCAGCAAGCAAACAAUAUUGUAACUUCAGAACUGAAGCACUCUGCAGAUAAUUUGUGCAGCACUCAAAUGGAAUCUAACUCGUCGACUUCCAGCGCUUCGGUGCCUAUCGUCUCCGACACGGCAUCCUGCAUAGAGAAAUCGUUAGGCCCAUUGGAAGCUGACCCCAAGCUGGAGACGGCCGAGCAAAAAGCAGGAGAGGAAAAGACUAAUCCGAGUUCCAUUUCCACAGCCUCCAGCAAUGUGGACGAGAAAAUCAAUCAGGAAAAGGAGAAAACAACCAGCGUCGUUGAGUGCGAUGCGCUCUUCAAGGCAAUGGAUAAGGCCAGCGCUCAGAUGCGCCAGGAAGAGAAAACUAAAAAGAAACUUAAAUUAGAGAAGCAAUCGGCCAAGCCGGUACAGGAACAGGAAAGCCACAACAACACCAACGCCACCACCAGCAUCGAUACCGAUACCGACACCAGCAAUACCGAUACCAAUACCGAUAUCAACACCAUCAAUACCGAUACCAAUACCGAUACCAACACCACCAACAGCACCACCACCACCAAUAUCAAUAUCGACUCAUCUUCUUGUGAAAGUACCAUUUGUAAGGAUCGUGCCGAGGACUCUCUAACGUUGCCCACCGACAAAGAAGGCAACUUGCAGUCUCCAUUGAAGGCAGCGCAGGCUAAUCCCGAGCUUGAUCCCGUGUCCAAGGCAAAUGCGAAGAAUGUGUCCGGCAAAGACGCCUCAGAGUCUAAGCGGCUGUCGAACAGCCUGAGCUGCCAAGAUUCCAUUGACUCCGAUUCCAGCGCAUCGCAAUGCAAAAUCAGCGAAGCGUCCGAGUCUUCGGAAUCCAUCGGUGGCGGCAACAAGGUGCCAAGCUGUGGCAUACCAACGCCAACAGCUGAGCUGACAGAUCUUGCCCAGAUCAUAGAAGAUGGCGACUACAAGCCGGACAAUGGGCAGGAGUCGAAGGAAGAUGAGUUUGCACGCUGUGUGGCAAAUAUUGAGACACCAAUCACGACACCCUCAACAUCGCCGCAGCCCAGCAAUAGCGCCACGGACGAUGCAGCUGGUAAUGGGAAUGAUAAUGGCAAUAACACUAGCAAUGACAAUGGCAAGGGCAAUGCAGUGCGUCGCUCGCAUCGCAUCAAGCAGAAGCCGCAGUUGCCCAGAUCCAGCCUGAGCAGCAUGAGCUGCUUCAGCAACGUCAAUAAUCAGUCGACCGUACCCGUUAGCCUGGAGGAUCAGCUGGCCGAGUUGGCGAUCAUCGAUGCCAUCAACGAGCAGUUCCUGCGCCAGCACGGCCUCAACUCGUUUCAGCUGUUGCAGGACAAUUACUACCACUGCGCCCGUCAAGUGAGCAAGGAGAAUGCCGAGAUGCAAUGUGAUUGCUUCCUCACCGGCGACGAGGAGGCCAUGGGGCAUUUGUGCUGCGGCGCCGGCUGCAUCAAUCGAAUGCUAAUGAUCGAGUGCGGUCCGCUGUGCACCUAUGGCGACCGUUGCACGAACAAACGGUUCCAGCAGCAUCAGGGCUGGCCCUGCCGCGUCUUCCGCACCAAGAAGAAGGGGUGCGGCAUUACGGCGGAGAUGUUGAUACCGCCGGGCGAAUUCAUAAUGGAAUAUGUGGGCGAGGUCAUUGACAGCGAGGAGUUCGAGCGCCGCCAGCAUCACUAUUCGCAGAUCCGCAAUCGCCACUAUUAUUUUAUGGCGCUGAGGGGCGAGGCGAUCAUCGAUGCGACCGUCAAGGGCAACAUUUCGCGGUACAUCAACCACAGCUGUGAUCCGAAUGCCGAGACCCAGAAGUGGACGGUGAAUGGCGAGCUGCGCAUUGGUUUCUUCAGCGUUAAGACGAUCUUGCCUGGGGAGGAGAUCACCUUCGAUUAUCAGUAUCAGCGCUAUGGCCGUGAUGCUCAGCGCUGCUACUGCGAGUCGGAAAAUUGUCGCGGCUGGAUUGGCGGCGAGCCGGACUCGGAUGAAGGUGAGCAGUUGGACGCGGAGAGCGGCAGUGAAUCCGAGGAGCUCGAUGAACAGGAGCCAGAACUGGAGCCGGAACAGGCACAAGGAGUGGAAGCAACAGACAAGAAGGGCCACAAAGCCAAAGCAACCAAGCUCAUCAAGCCAAAGGCGAGCAAGUCAUCGAAGGUGGCGGCGUCAGCACCGCGCAAGAAGCCCACAAAGCCCAAGGAUCGCGAGUACAAAGCCGGACGCUGGCUACGUCCGUCCGGCAGCAACAUUGGCGACAAGUUUGCCUCGCGCAUACCCGACAAGCGUGAAGAUCCGGAUGUGCUGGCGCAGCUGCGUCAGCUCAAUCGCAGCGGCCUCAAGAAUCAAGCGAACACGCUUAGCUUCUCGCGCUGCAUGGUGCGCGCCAAGCUGCUGGAGACACGCCUGGAGCUGUUGGGCGUGCUCACGCAUGGUGAGCUGCCGUGCCGUCGGCUCUUCCUUGACUACCAUGGCCUGCGACUGCUGCACGCCUGGAUCAGCGAGAGUGGCAACGACCAUCAACUGCGGCUGGCACUGAUCGAGGCCCUGGAAUCGCUGCCCAUACCGAAUAAGACAAUGCUCAACGAUAGUCGCGUCUAUCAGAGCGUGGAGCUCUGGAGCACCAGCCUGGCGAAGGGCCGUUCUAAGAAGCAAAAAGCUACACAGGAGCAACAAUCAAAACCAAAUGCGGAGCUGGAUGCACUGCGUCAACGUAUGGUGGCGCUGCUGCAAAAAUGGAGUGCCCUGCCCGAAACCUUUCGUAUACCCAAGCGUGAGCGUAUCGAGCAGAUGAAGGAGCAUGAACGCGAGGCGGAUCGCCAACAGCAGACGCCCUACGCGGCCACAGCGCUGGAGGACAGUAACAGCAACAGCGCCUCCGCCACCCUAAACAGCGAUCCCUAUCGGCAGGAUCGCUUCAGGCGCGACACCAGCAAUCGCUACGAGAAGCCCAAGCCGCAGCUCAAGGAGCGCAAUGGACGCGGAGAAGGCGCCGCUGGCAUCAGCCAUGGCAUGGUCAAUUCAGAUCCUCGCUGCCAAUCCGAUAAUCUGCGUCGCGCCAUGACUAAGAAGAUGCGACGUUCAUUGUUCGAGCAAAAGGCGGCGAAAGACAAGGCGGACAGGCGUAUGUGGAACAGAGAUAGGCGCGAGCAUGAGGUGCGCUGCGAAUACUUUGGCGCUGACCUAAGCACCGAUCCGAAGCAGCUGCCCUUCUACCAGGAUACGGAGACCAAGGAAUGGUUCAACAGUGAGGAUAUGCCGGUUGCAGCGCCGCUGCGUUGCGGCAAAGACAGCGACGAUGUCAGCGACGAGCAGUCGCCGGAGCACGGUGAUGAUGUGAAGUAUAAGUUGCCCGCCAAUGUGGAGCCAUUGCCGCCAUCCUGGCAUUUUCAUGUGACCCCCGAAGGCGACAUCUUUUAUUAUAAUCUACGGGAUCGAAUCCCGCAGUGGGAGCCGCCGAAUGCACAGCAACGUCUGGAAAAGCUGAUAGACGAUUCACCAGUGAAGGAGAAGCCAGCCGAGAAGAAGGAAGUGAAUCCCGACGUGCUGGUCGACAUUGAUGAGGACUAUGUGGGCAGCCUCAGUCCCAAGUCGCUGCGUCAGUAUAUCGAGGCAAAGGUCCAGGAGCGUCGCGAAAUACGUCGCAAGCGACUCGUCUCCGUCUGUAUGAUCAGUCCGCGACGUGAGGAGGACCGUAUCCACAAUCAGCAGGAGUCGCGCAAGUAUAAGGAGAACAAGGAGAAAAUACGCCGCCGCAAGGAACUCUUUCGUCGCACCAACAGUGAGGCCAACAACGCGGAACCAGCUGGAGCUGACCAAGCCAGUGAUGUAGUGCCCAUUCAAGACUAUUUGUACUCCUCCGAUGAGGAGUCUCAGCCAAACCCGGCCUGUGCCGCCCAGCCAUUGAGCGACAUAGUUGUCAACGGCAAUGACAAUGCGCGUGUGGACGAGAUUGUGGCUCUCAAUGCCAGCAAGAACUCAAGUAAAUCAGAAGAGUCUAUCCAGAACAACAUAUUGGGGCUCACAUCGAGCGACUCCGAUGCAGAUUCCCCGCUCAACACAAAACGUAAACUGCCCAUGCCACCCCAACUGACGGACAGCAAGAAGAAACAUCGCGAUGAUCGCGAAAGGAAGCGCCAAACGUCACUGAGCAGCUCAUCCAGCAGCGUCGAGAAGUUUCGCUUUGAGAUUAGCGGCCAUGUGGCGGAGUUCCUGCGUCCAUAUCGCAAGGAAAGCUGUCCGAUGGGUCGCAUUGUCAGCGAUGAGGACUAUAAGUUUCUCAUCAAACGACUGAGCCACCACAUAACGACCAAAGAGAUGCGCUACUGUGACUCGACCGGAAAUCAACUGGCCUGCACUGAAUCGGUGAAGAAUAAGUCAUAUGAGUUUAUCAAUCAGUAUAUGCGGAAGAAGGGACCCGUGUACCAGAAGCCAGCUGAUGAGCCCGACUAUUAAUGAUCAGUAUCAGACCCACUCAGGCACUUUGUAACUUUAAUCAUAUGUUUAGCUUUAAUCGAACAGCGAAUGUUUUCUCAUUUUAAUUUUGUUUUAAAAUGUUUCUACCCAAUGUUUGGGUAUACAGUUACUUAAUUUCAGCAAUUUAACGGAAUACAAAUUGCUAAGAAAAGACUAUGAGCUUUCUCGUUGCAAAACAUGAAAUAAAAAAAUUUAUUUUUCAAUGCGGA